AUGUGGCUGCUUGAAGUAGGUAUAGAUAAACGCUACAUCUGUAUUCUUACAUACUCCAAAGGUGAACCUCAUGAAAGAAGGUUCAUCCCCAAUUAUAAGUGUGAUGCCAAGGACUGGGCAGUAUCUGUUAUUGCAGGACCUACCUCUCACAUCUGUUCCUUCAUGGCAAACGUUCUGAAUGUCUACAAGAUGCCCCAGACACUGCCCCUUUCUGUGUGCAAUGACAAUUGCUAUUCAGGUUACAGCAAGUUUAAAAUAGAAGGUAAACCAUUUUGCUGCUAUGAUUGCCUUCCAUGUGCAAAAGGGAAGAUUUCAAACAAGAUGGAUGCAAAUGACUGUUUCCAAUGUUUAGUCAAUCAAUACCCAAACAAAGCUCAAAAUAUCUGCAUUCCAAAAUGGAUCAUAUUUUUGUCUUACAAAGAACCCUUGGGAAUCACCUUGACAAGUGUUGCUUUCUUCUUUUCUCUCAUCUCAUCUGUGGUGCUGGGGAUCUUCACUAAAUACCAGGACACUCCCAUCAUCAAAGCCAACAACAGGAACCUCACUUAUAUUCUUGUCAUUGCUCUCCUGCUCUCUUUCCUUUGCACUUUGCUUUUCAUUGGGCAACCUGACCAAAUGAAAUGUCUCAUGAGACAAACUACUUUUAGCAUCAUCUUCUCUGUAGCUCUUUCUUGUAUAUUGGGGAAAACAACCAUAGUCGUUCUGGCUUUCAUGGCCACCAAGCCAGGCUCCAAAAUGAGGAAAUGGGUGGGGAAAAGGCUGGCUAUCUGUAUUGUCCUUUCUUGCUCCCUGGUACAAACCACAAUUUGUGUUGUGUGGCUUACAAUUUCUCCCCCAUUCCCAGAUUCUGACAUGUACUCCAUGGCUGAAGAAAUUAUCCUGCAGUGUAAUGAAGGUUCAAACACUAUGUUUUAUAUUGCCCUUAGUUUUUUGGGGUUCUUGACUGCUAUCAGUUUCACAGUGGCUUUCCUAGCUAGGAAGUUACCAGACAGCUUUAACGAAGCCAAAUUUAUUACCUUCAGCAUGUUGGUCUUUUGUUCUGUCUGGAUAUCAUUUGUUCCUGCCUAUGUGAGCACCAAGGGGAAAUACACAGUAGUUGUGGAGAUCUUCUCCAUUUUGGCUUCUGCAGCUGGUUUAUUGUGGUGCAUCUUUUUCCCCAAAUGCUACAUUAUUGUUCUGCGGCCUGAUUUGAACAAAAGGGAGCAGCUGAUAAAGAGAUAA